GAUAGAGAACAGGAGGAGGGAUGAGGAAUAUUCUGUACCAUAGUUAGCAGCAGAAUCUGUCAUAUGGAACAUCAGUCAUGAUUUCUUUCAAGGUGAUAUGUGUAGCAACUCUGCUGAUUCUCGUGACACAAGAGUGUCGCUCACAGCUAAGUGUGUGUGGUCAGCCUCCACUUAACACCAAGAUAGUUGGAGGACAGGAGGCUUCUCCAGGCAGUUGGCCCUGGCAGGUCAGCCUGCAAACUUCUGGAAGCCACUUCUGUGGAGGAUCCCUCAUCAACAGUCAGUGGGUGCUGACUGCUGCUCACUGCUUCAAUACCGGCUACCCUGCAAGCAGUGUGACUGCAGUACUGGGUCUCCAAACUCAGUCAGGAUCCAACCCUAAUGCACAGUAUGUGGGGCUGACUAAGGUCAUUGUUCAUCCCAACUACAACUCCAACACAAACGACAACGACAUCUGCCUUCUGCAGCUGGCAUCAGCAGUGACUUUCACCAACUACAUUCAGCCUGUGUGUCUGGCAGCGCCAGGCAGCACCUUCUACAACGGCACUGACUCCUGGGUCACUGGCUGGGGAGUCACCUCAAGUGGAUCUCACACUGUUUCACAAACCCUAAUGGAGGUGGAGAUCCCAGUUGUGGGCAACAGACAGUGUAACUGUGACUAUGGAGUUGGAGCAAUCACCAGCAACAUGAUUUGUGCUGGGUUAAGUGCUGGAGGGAAGGACUCCUGUCAGGGAGACUCAGGUGGUCCAAUGGUGAGCAAGCAGGGUGGUCGCUGGACCCAGAGUGGAGUCGUCAGUUAUGGAAACGGCUGUGCUUUACCUAAUUUUCCUGGAGUCUACACCAGAGUGUCCCAGUAUCAGUCCUGGAUCAACAGCCUGAUCACCAGCAACCAGCCGGGCUUCAUCACCUACACAUCAACUGGGACUGACGGGGACCUCAGUGUCUCUUGUACUGGUCUUCCACCAGUAACAACCACAGCCCCUCCCACAACAACACCAAAACCUGUGGUUUGUGGCCAAGCUGUGUUAAAUACUCGUAUUCUGGGAGGAAACUCGUCAGCUGGCAUGUGGCCGUGGAUGGUGAGCCUCCAGAGGAAUGGAAGCCAUGUGUGUGGUGGGACUCUAGUGGCUGUGGACUCUGUGCUGAGUGAUGCUAGCUGCAUCACAAGUUCAUCCAGGCCGUCUGAUUGGACCGCUGUUUUGGGUCUUUUGAGCCAAUAUGGCUCCAACCCUAAUCAAGUGUCACUGACUGUGACAAAUAUCACCCUGAGCAACCUGACUGGCUCUAACAUAGCAGUGCUGCAUCUGGCGUCCCAAACCACCUUGUCUAACUACAUCCAGCCCAUCUGUUUGGGUGAUGGACAAACCUUUGCUGUGGGUUCAACAUGCUGGGCUGCUGGUUGGAGCUCUGGAAGAGGAGGAGUGCAGGAAGUUCUGCAGGAGACCCAGACCUCUGUGGUAAACUGUGGGAACUCAUCAACCAGUGGCAGCAUUUGUACAGUAGCUAUAACAUUGGAUCAGGGUGAUGCUGGUGGUCCACUAAUGUGUAAACUGGGCAGCUACUGGUACCAGGCAGCGGUGUUAACAGUCACCACAAACUCCACCAGGCAAACACGAGCAGCGGUUUCGACCUUCACCACACUGACAGCCUACGACGCCUUUCUGCAUCAGACCCUGGGGUCAUUUUUGUCUCCUCCCUCCAGCAGUGGAGGAGCCAAUGCAACCUCCUCCAGCACUGGCGUGGGUUCUACUUCCUCCUCCUCCUCCAGCACUGGGGGCGGCUCUGCUCUCUUGCUCUUCUUCCUUCCACGUCUCCUUUUUUCCUCUCUACCUUUUUGAAUAGAGACCUUUGAUUUGUUUACAGUACAUGAUAUGAAAAUUAAUGUAAACAUCUUUAGAGUGAUAACAUAGGUCUAUAUAAAUUUACUAAGCUAAUCUUUUUCUUACUUAAAGUUCUCAUUUGUUCCUCCAGGAAGCAGGAUGUUUUUUUCAGCUGAAGCACACUUUAAAUAACAAAGCGUGCUGUUCUAUGUGUUUUGUUUUAUGUUGUUUCUUGUCUGCACUUUUUGCCAAAGACACUUGUUGUUAAGAGGUGUUUUUUUAUGUUUUGGCUCCCUCAUUCUGAUAUUAUUAUACUACUUAUACCAAUUAUUAAAAAUACAUGUAUAUUAAAUAUAUUUGAGUUUAUCCCAGCUGUUUGUUGGGCAGGAGGUGGGUCACACCCUGGACCGGUCACUAAUCUAAUACAGGACCUUAUAACAUAAUAUUGUGGAUCAUAUCUCAAUAAAAACCUGAGAAAUAAAGAUGGUGAGUGUUUGA